GUCAACCCUCCGCUCCACAUACCUUGCUAUUAUCUCAAGAUGUCUCUGCCCCCAGAGCAAAUUAACAUCAAGCGUCGUCGCGAGGAAGAACCCGUGGACACAUUAUAUAUUCAAUCAGAACUGCAUCAGACCAAACGAAGAUUCACAGACUUUGUUUUCCAACGAGUCCAGGUCAGCGGUCCCAGAAGCACGACCAGUGGCACAGCUAGUCCAUCACUCUUAGCAUCCGGCCAACAGAGGGUCAUCCGCACUCCCCGGUCCGUAAGCAGCGGUGUCUCCUCUUCGACCGUCGCUGCAGGUGGUGGCAUUCCCUUGGUGAGAGCUACGUCCCCCGGGGCCGAGUUUCGCGAGGAACGCCGCCUCGCAGCCGCGCGAAGGGAGCAAGAUGAGCGGCUGAAGCGAGCGUUGCAUUCUUUCCCGGCACCGUCGGCGACCUUGUCACCGGCGGCAGAUGGUCGCUCAUCACUCCCCAGCCAUGCCGCUGGGCCCACUGGCCUCGCCAGCAAUGUUGCUGCCACCGCCUCUGGUGAGCACGAGAGUCCCGCUACUCCUGCUUCCAGUACCUCUCAGUCGCUGCGGCGGUUUCAGAUCUCACGAUCCAGCACCCCGGUCAACAGUACCCUUCGGAGUACGGGCGCGGGGGUGCAGAAGCGCAAGGGGGACGGUCCAGUGGCUGUACUCGUGGAGAAGCUGAGGCGCAAGCCCCAUUCGAGACAGGCGUCUUUGGUUGCAGAUGCGGUAUCUGGGGCUGAGGGGUUGGAGGUUGUCUCGAGUGGCCUUGGUGCUGCGGCGCAGGAGGAACCUGCUCGACCUCGCAAGCGACCGGUGGUUAACCAGGCGGAAAGGAAAUGGAGGGAAGAGCGGAAGAACGCGAUCUCGGCCGCCAAACAGCAUAUUUCUCAGGUCCUGGAUAGGGAAACCCAGGCUUCGCGCCAGACGACGUGGGAGGAUGAGUCGGAGCGACUCGCAAAGGAGCUGGAACAGGUCGCUCUGGAGUUGGAUGCGGAAAUGGAAGUCGAUAUGUCGUAUACACAAUCGCAGAGCAACCGGGAGACCAUGGGGCUGUUGGGGUCCUUGACUGGGCAGUCUUCGCAGUCUCGUUCCACUGGGAUGCCUAAACCGCCCCUAAAAUACCAACCACGAACGCCCAAUCAACAUCGACCUACACAAAAGAUUACAGACGGCGACUCUGUGCAAGAUGCUAAUUUAGCCACUGCUGUGGCCGAGCCCUUACUUGCAGAACAGGAUGACGACGAGGAAAGUGAUGGAGAGUAUGUCUACGAUACAUACAUCCGAAAGCCGCUUCCAGUCAGCGGGUUGCUUACAGACCCGCUAGCCAACGUAGAAUUAGACCAUCAAGCCUGGUUCAAGCAGCACGGAAUUGAUAUGACCCGUCAGGAUAUUGGUCUCAUUGUCAUUACAGAAGAGGAUGAGGAGUACUGGGAGAAUUUCGCCGAGGACGAGGAGGAUGAUGAGCGGUGGGACAGCGAAGAUGCGGAUUCGAACGCUGAGAACAAUCCUGCAAAUGAUUAUCCGGAUGAAGAAUUGUCGUGGGACGACGAGGACGAGGACCCGACAGCUAUCUACAGUAAAUAUCGGGUCCACGCGCGGUCUGAUGACGAGGAAUUUGACUUUGACGACUCCGGCAGCGAGGGGCGCCGUCGAUAUGACUAUAGCUUCCGGUCACACGUGGAGUCGGAUGAGGAAAGUUGGUGAAGAAGGAUUCGAAUAAGGUCUGUGGGACUGAGCUCAGAAGACGGGAAGGAAUCAUUCACAGGUGGAGGAAGAAGGCAGCCAAGGCUUGCUGGUGGUGGGGUGGUGGUGUUCUGACUGCGUCUGCAAAAUCGAAGUCUACCUGAUUGUGGCAGGGAAUGCGAGAUGUCACGGUACGUUGGGGGCGGGGGGGGGAAGGAAGGAUUGCGGUGCUGCGGGUUGCAGGAGAAACCAAUGGUGAACUGGUUAGGAGGGAGUAAAAAAAUGAUAG